ACAGAUUGCUUCGUUGUUGGAAACUGUUUGCUUUUGCCUUGACCUCCCUUUCCUCUCUCUCAUUCUCUCUGUUUACACACGCGCACACACAGAGAGAAUCAUAAUUCAUAAAGAAACUGCUCUAGUGCUUUCUUUCCUUCCCUUUCCUUUGUUUUUAGAAUUCCAAUUGAAAUUCGCGUUUUCAGAAGAAGACGACGACGACUUGAGUAACAAGAAGAAUGUCUUACGCAUAUCUCUUCAAGUACAUCAUCAUCGGAGAUACUGGAGUUGGCAAAUCAUGCCUUCUUCUUCAGUUCACCGACAAACGCUUCCAGCCGGUGCACGAUUUGACUAUUGGUGUUGAGUUUGGAGCUAGGAUGAUCACCAUCGAUAACAAACCAAUCAAGCUCCAAAUUUGGGACACGGCAGGUCAAGAGUCAUUUAGAUCCAUUACACGAUCCUACUAUAGAGGAGCUGCUGGCGCUUUGCUUGUCUAUGACAUCACCAGGAGAGAAACUUUUAAUCACUUGGCUAGUUGGCUAGAGGAUGCAAGGCAGCAUGCAAAUGCAAACAUGACCAUAAUGUUAAUUGGUAAUAAGUGUGAUCUUGCUCAUAGACGAGCUGUGAGCACAGAGGAAGGGGAACAAUUUGCAAAGGAACAUGGAUUGAUCUUCAUGGAGGCCUCUGCUAAAACUGCUCAGAAUGUUGAGGAGGCAUUCAUAAAAACUGCUGCAACCAUAUACAAGAAGAUUCAAGAUGGCGUUUUUGAUGUAUCAAAUGAGUCUUAUGGCAUAAAAGUCGGAUAUGGGGGAAUUCCAGGACCAUCAGGAGGCAGAGAUGGUUCUUCCUCUCAAGCUGGAGGCUGUUGCAGUUGAAGUUUGAUUCCAUUUGCCAUGUUUAUCUGGGUGGCGUUUACAUUCUUUGUUUGUUUUAUUGGUUAAAUCUGAAGAUUACGACUUUCUUUCUUUAUAUAAAGAUUUUAUAAUUGAAAUACCUGUAUAAUUCUCUUUAUGUUUUGUCUUUAAUUGUAAAUUUGACAGUUGUUUGAAGUAGUAUUAUUGACGCAAACUGCAUAUUGUGAAUAGACAAGAAGUUUCUUUCUUC